AUGCCUCUCGUAACUCCUUCAAACUCGAAACAAAAUUUGCAAAACUUGAGGAAGAAUAAAACGCCUCUCCCUAAGGCACCUCCACUGGAGGAGGAAUUGAAGAGAAGUUUAUGCAAGCUUCCGAUUGAAUUAUUGCUGAAAAUUUUGGAGUUUUAUGGAGGAAAAUUCGAUCAAUCAUGUGGAUCGAAUCGUAAAAAGUUUUUAAUGUUGUAUUUUGGAAAAUUUACUAGGUCGGGCCAAAGAGAUUGCAAACCAAAGUUUUUAUUUAGAAAAUUGGAGCUAGAUCCUGCUAAACCUUAUCAAAGGUCCGAGUUAUUAAGACUGGUUCAAUCGAUGGGUGCUCACGGAGCAAAUAUUGUGAUGAAACAACCAUUUUCAAAAUUAUUGUUUGAUAUUGCUGUGGCUGAUGAAGAGAAGGCCUUGUCACAAACAAGGAAAACAUUGAAAUUGCUGCCUAUUGAUAAAAUUACUGGAUUGGUUGCAAAACAUACAUUAUUGCCACCUGAGGCACUAAGGAUUUGUUUGGAGGCAAUGGCAAAUACAUUGGAAGAGAUUCAACUCAUACAGGACAAGUAUCUCAUGUAUGAUUUUGAUGUUUUCAAAAAGAUUAAAUUCCCCAAGUUGAGAGUAUUGAGAUGGAAAGGUUAUUCAUUGAAGAAGGGAGAUUUGAAGGAGCAGGACAUUAUUGAUUUUUCAAUUAAUACCCCUUCUUUGACAACGAUAGAUAUUCAAACUAGUGUUUCAUCAGUGUUCAGGUUCGCUGAAGCAAUCAAGCAUUGGCCAAAUUUGAGAACUGUCAGAUCAGUUCUUAAGGGUGAAAAUGGUGGAUCGGCGAAUGGAUGGGCUACCGUCUACGAUACACCACCAGAAAGAGCACAAGCUGAAUUCUUUUCAAAUCUUGGACCAAAAUUAGUGACUCUCAGUCUCGACCACGAAUAUAUUUAUCCUGGAAUGCUCAAGCGACUUUCCAAUCGUUCGAUAAGAACAGCAGAAUUCAUCUCGUGUGGACUUGGUUAUUCAUUUACUUCUCUGUUAGCAAUACCUUCUUUGAAGAAACUCAAACUAGGAUUGAUUGAAAACGUAUCGAUUGAGGGCUCUACGGAAGUUGCAUGCGAAUUGAAUGAGCUCAUUAUUAAUCGUUCUCCUCAAUUAACAAUUGAUAGCUUAUUCAAAUUCAAAGCCCUUAGAAGUCUCACAGUCACAGACCAAGAUAUUAAUGACAGAUUUGUAGAAAUAUUAUCAGCUGAAUUACCAUACUUGGAGUAUCUUGAUAUUAGUGGAAAUCCAGUUACAAAUAAUGGCAUUACAAUACUUUCUAAAAAUUGUAAAUAUUUGAAAUCUAUCCGAGCCUCUCAAUGCAACAUAACCCAAAUGUCCCUACCAAAGGAGAUUAGAGACAAGAUAGUUCCAUAA